AUGCCUCUUAACAUGCCAAGAUUUGACGCAGUGCGCGAACCGCAGCGGCGGUCGUGGGCGGACGUCCCGGCGGAUAUCCUAGGGAUCGUGGUCGGCCGCCUCCCUUGCGUCGAGGACCGCGCGAGGCUGCGCUCCGUCUGCAGCGCCUGGCGCGCGGCGGCGCGCCGCCACCGACCGCCGCCGCUCCCCCUGCUCGUGCACUCCAACUUCGCCUUCUCCAGCUUCUCCCCCGACGGGGCCAUGACGGGCACGCGUCGCAUCCCGGUGCCCAAGGAGGUGGCGGCUCUCGGCGUCCGUUGCGUGGGCUCGUUCGAGGGAUGGCUCGCCGGCGUGCGGCCCAACCAAGGUCGCUACUUCGGUGAUGGCAAGUGCUUCUUGAUGAAUGCUUUCUCCCGGGAUGUCGUCCAUCUCCCACCUCCUUCUGCAUCUUCUCACUUCGUUGAUGCCUACACAAGAUCUCUCCCCAUCAUCAGCGGCUCUGGUGUGGUUGAGUGCACAAUCAGCGCCGCACAGUACGUGAUGUCAUUCUGCAAGGUGAUCUUGUCAGCUUCUCCUGAUUCUGGGUCCAAAUGUAUUGCCGCUGCCAUCUCUGUGCAUAGGAACGGAGCUAAGCUAGCUCUCUGGCGGCCUGGGAUGACGUCGUGGUGCGUGUGCCUUGGUGGCUGCAUCAGCAAGUUCAGUGACAUUACCUUCUUCCAGGGGAAGCUUUACAUGCUCAGCAAGCUCACCACAAACCUCUAUGCCUUUGAGCUAACUGAUGAUGACUGUGGGCUAAUGGUGUCUCGUGUUGAGCGUUGUGUGGCCCAGCUGCCUGAGGUCAAGGAUAGCUACGGACAGAGGUGGAACUUGGUAGAAUGGCAUGGAAAAUUACUGCUUGUCGCCAGAUACUUGGGUGGCGGUGAAGGCUGGCACAACAUUUGUAAGGUUGCAGUAUAUAUAGUGGACUCAAGCACGAAACCUUUUCGAUUUACUGAGAUCAACACCUUGGAUGGCGACUGUAUCUUCAUCAGCCCGUGCAGCACCAAAUCAUUUCAUGCUUGGGAGUAUGACUGCGUGGAAGGCGAAGUUAUCUACUUCAUCGAUGGCUACCUCUACCCUGCUAAAAAUGGCCCUCCAUUUGAUAAGUUCAUGUACAACUUGAGAGAUGGUACACUGUCAUCUUUUGCUACAGACAUAUCAGAGUACAACUUCCGGGCACCAGAUGGCAAGCUGAUGAGUCCAACAUGGUUGUUUCCUUCUGAAUGAAUUGAUGUACACCAAUUCUGAUGUUAAUAAGUCUUGAGUGUAUCGGAAUCCCUAAUGCUGCCUGGCAUGAGGACCGUGGUGUUUGCUUUUCAAGAACUGGAAAAAAAGCACAUGCUGCUGUCUAAUUUAUGAACUCAUAUGAUGUUUGCCAACUUAGA